GGCAUCCUCACGCAAAUCCUGUUAUUUUGCAGAGUGAAGGUGCUACUGGGCGACUUGAACAUUGCCACGACCACAGAAGAAAGCACCCAGUACCCGCCCAGAGUGUACAAUGUGGAAAAAGCCAUAAAGCAUCCGGAAUAUAAACGGGUUUUCAGAGGAAACGGCAAAGGAUUGUUCAAUGACAUUGCCCUCGUCAAGCUUACGGAGCGCAUCUCGAUAUCCCUAGGACCGAUGGCUGCGGUCUGCAUCAUCGAGCAUCGAUAGCUUUUUGCAAUCGAUCUCUCCGCCUACAGCCGUGAUGAAGCCGCUGUGCAUCUCCGAUUCCUCCCGCCCCGCCUCCGACCUGGACGGCCAGCAGGUCUACGUCGCCGGCUGGGGCGCGACCGAGUUCGCUGGGCCCACCGAGGCCUUGAUGCAGUGGGCCCGGAUCAACGUCACGCGCCACGAUCAGUGCCAGGAGGCGUACUCCCGCCAGAACACGGCCGUGGACAACACGCAAAUCUGCGCCAACGGCGAGAAUGACCUCGGCGGAGUCGACACCUGCAGGGGCGACAGUGGGGGUCCUCUGAUGGAGCGUCGGAACCACAGGAACCAGGAAACCUCGUACGCCGCGGGCGUCGUCUCCUUCGGCUCCGGCUGCGGCAACGUCAACUUCCCGGGUGUCUACACCCAUGUGGAGAGCUUUCUCGACUGGAUCGGCUGCACGGUGGCGAAGAACUGACCACCUUACGAUAGGGUGGCGGGGGGGGGGGGGGGCGGCAGGAGCAGUGCUGCAAUAAAGCGUGAUGCUGCGCUGGAACGUCCCUGUUCAGUGCGGAGGCAUCCUCGUGCGGCGAUGUAGCGUGCUUUUAUUAAUGCUUAAGAGUCCCUAUGCGAUGCCGAAGUGUCACUGUGUGUAAUAUUUAGGAGUCCUUGUGUGAUGCGAAGAGCACCUGUGCAUUCGGCGUCUUUGUGUUUCUCGAGCGCCCUGUGUUUUCUAAGUGUCUUUGUGUUACUGAAUCAUGCCCGUGUUUCUGAAGUGUGCCUGCAUUGCUGAAGCGUGCCUGUGUUUCUGAAGCGUCCCUUUAUUUCUGAAGCGUUCGACCGACGGACGCUAGGAACUCUGACCCGGCGGGGUGGUCGGCUGGACGAUGUUGAAGUGUGCGGUUUGAGUAGAAUGUGAUGUGACCAGGAUGGAGGCCGUAACUUGGCGUCUUUUGAGAACGCCACCGAGUGCUCCAGAGGCUGUGGGCUGCUGUCACCUAACACAGAUUUUCUUUGCUUUGCUUGGUAUUGUAGAAGGACUAGUCGGCAGCAUCGAUGCUUCCCUCCGGGGGUUUGGGUGCGCUGCUUUUUUUAUCUGGCUUGAUCUGCAAUCGCCUUACGCUGCCUUAUCUGACAAAUACACGCUUCAUUUUAGGAU